GGCGAAUCAAACGUCGAGAGGCCGGUUGCACGACGCCGGCCAUGGGCAACACGGCCGAAGACGAUGCACCGCCGAUCGCAUGGACGAGCACGCCCGAAGAGCGCAAGGAGCGCGCGCGGAUCAAGAAGCAAGACUAUAACCGCGAGCGGCUGCGGCAGAAGCGCUGCGAGCACCUCACGGCCCUCACAGCGCUCACGACCGAGUUCAAGACGCUCUCCGCGACGCUGGCCCGCGCUCGGGCAACAACAUCGACGUCGCUACUGCCAUGGACGGCCGUGGCGGAGGCCCUUCGCGAAGAGCGCGACCUCAAGGAGGCGACAAACGCGGCGCUCAAGCAAGGUGUGCGGCGCUACAGGCACCUCUGCCGAACGAUGCUGCAUUGGCUCACUAGCACCGAGUCCAUUCGCGCAUACCCAACGUCCGAGAGACGGGCGUGGAGCUACAGUACACUGCCGUUGGACAGCGAUGCGCGCGCAAUCGGCCUCGGUUGGAUCGCCCAUCGCCUGUACCACAACCUCGACGGGUACCUCGAGCGGAGUGAACUGCCCACGCCGACCAAUGGCGACCGUCCAUACUACCGCCUGGACGUCCGGGCGCACGAGAAUUCGUAUUUCUUGACCGAGUUCAAGCAGUUUGUCGAGACGACACCGCUUCACGUCGUCGCCCAGUGCCUCUACGACCACUACUUUGAAACCUACGACGGCGACUAUGUCGACAUGCGUGGGUCCGACUUCUCGUACGUGCGCUACGCGUGCCUGUACGGCCUCGAGCUGCAGCGGUCGUUUCCAGAGCGCAUGCUCACGCGGGUUUUUCGAGAAGAGAAUCGGUGUAUCGUCUUCACCCACGGCGUCUCGGAAGACGCCAAGUACAGCGACGACCCGAUCAAGUCGCAGUGGACGGCGUGGUACUUGGUCGUAUUACUCGCUUCUAGUUUUCUCCACAAGAAUAGGGUCGUCGCCGAGCGCAUGGAUACCAAUACGACGGUCAUCAAGCACGGCUUCGAGUCCUUUGGCCUGCAAACAAAGGCGGGCUUCAUUGACGUGGCCGACGAAGCGCCGUUCUUGCGCGACGUAGCCAGCGACGACGCGGCGCGGUUCGCCCAGUUUCAGCGCUAUCAGCGCGACUACCGCGGUCGGCGAUUCGUGGACGAGCACGAUCGGUUUGCCAAGCGUCUCGCCAACUGUCGAGGCAACGCCUAGUGGCUAGUAGCAAUAUAUCUAUAUAUGCACUGUACUCUACGUAUCGAGUAUCGACCAUCUACUCUUG